GUCUUCUUUUCCUUCUUCCGAAAGAGCAUUGAAUUAGGGCUGGUGCUUGUGAUAUCGAAGGGCGCGGAAGCGGGUCGGCAUAAUGGAUGAGAGUCCUGAGACUGGCGGCACUGUCCACCCCAAUUCAUUAGUUGUAGUAGCGAAGGGGCAAAUUACUGGUUAUAAGAAGGAAGGUCAUAAGAAGCUCAAGGCUGGAAGUAUUGAUGUUUUGAAUUGCUACUAUGCCCUUGGGGACGAGAAUAAAAAUUUUCAAAGACGUUGUUAUUCAAUGGUCGAAAAGGACUUCUCCCACAUUGUUCUUGUCCACUACCUGGAAUUAACGGUCAAUUUAAAGAGCAGUCUUGAACUGAUUAAUAGAACUGGCACAGCCAAAUGCUUUCUUGAAACAUGGAUUGAAUCCAUUGAGGAUCAAUCAUUGUCUUCCUCACAUCCUGAUACUGUAGAUAAGUUUCUCAGUGACAGCGUUGUUAGAGGGCCGGACUUUAAGGAGCAUUCACAAAUUCGUGCAGAAUCAAAGGGAAGAAUGGAAAAUUUUAGUUGUGUUAAGAAGACUGAAGGAGAAAUUCCUCAUUCCCAGGUAACUGAAAAGAUUAUGCCCAAUUCUGAGAUUGACGGUUCUCUGUCUUCGGGUUCUUGUCCAAAUAAUUGCCUAGAAGAUACAUGUCUGAAUAGUGCACAGCCAUUGGAACGUGAAAAUGCUCUAUCAGCCAUUCCUGGAAUAGAUUUGGCCCCCACUCAAUCAGACAAGGGCAAAAGUGAUAAUGAUGCUGAAGCAACAGAUUACUGGUUGGAAUCCAUUAUAUUUGAAUUAUUGAAAGAUGAUUCUGAAAGUUGUCCUUGUAGUGAAUCCAUGGAGGAUCAAUCAUUGUCUUCCUCCUCACAUCUUAACAAUGCCAGCUUUGAUAGAGGGCUGGACUUUAAGGAGCAUUCACAGAUUUGUGCAGAAUGAAAGGGACUUCUCCCACAUUGUUCUGUCCAUUACCUGGAAGAAACGGUUAGACUUCACAAUUUAUCUUAUCACCCUUUCCUUUUUUUGUUAGCCAUCUUCUAAAAUGAACUUAUGAAUUUUAU